UGCAGUUUUCUGGCUACGUUCGCCAAUUUUAAGGUUAAGGUUGAAGUUUAAGGUUAGGAAUUGUAGCAACAUUGUGCAGUUUAUUAUUCUAUAAUAGUUUUAAACAACCUUUAAAGAUCAAUCAAUCAAUCGAAGAAUUCAACAACAUUGGAUUUGAGUUUUGAAUUUUGGUGAGUUUCAAUCCAUUAAGUAGUUGAACUGUUGUGUAUUUUUCAUAAUUUGUUGCAAUGAAAUGUCACUAUGAAGUGUUGAAUGUGCCAAGAGACGCUGAAUUUGAGGAGAUAAAAAAGUCGUACAGAAAACUAGCAAUCAAAUGGCACCCUGACAAGAAUUUAGAAAACACUGCCGAAGCAACUGAACAAUUUAAGUUGAUACAACAGGCGUUUGAAGUGCUUAGUGAUCCUCACGAAAGAAAAUGGUAUGACGAUCAUCGUGAAGCAAUAAUCAAAGGUAAAUCUGGCGGUGAGUAUGAAGACAACAGCUUAGAUGUCUACGAAUUCUUCACGACAACUUGUUUCAAGGGAUACGGAGAUGACCGUAAGGGAUUUUACACAAUUUACCGGGAGGUUUUUGAGAAAAUAGCAGCUGAAGACUCCGAGUACCAGACUGAAGACGACAGCGAUGCUGAUAUCCCGUCGUUCGGAAAGAGUGACAGCUCAUUUGAAGACGUGAAUGCAUUCUACGCCUACUGGCAAAGUUAUUCGACAAAGAAAUCGUACGCGUGGCUUGAUCCCUACAACGCCAGAGAGGCCCCUAACCGACGUGUAUCAAAGUUGAUAGACAAAGAGAACAAAAAGGUACGCGACAAAGCUAGGAAAGCAAGAAAUGAGGAGGUUAGAGAACUGGUAGGGUUUGUGAGGAAACGUGACAAACGCGUCCAAGCAUACGUCCAACACCUUAAAGACGUCGCUGCCGAGAAGGCGAAGAAAUCUGAGGAACAACGCAUUCAGAAGAUCAAGGAACGUAAUGAAGAGUUGGCCAGUUUCCAGGAAUCCGAAUGGUCAAAGUUUUCCAACGUUGAAAAGGAAUUGAAGAACAUGGAAGCGUCACUAGCUGCGGAAUUUGGGGAUCAAAUGACGACGGAUGAGGAGUCUGACGAAGAAAAUCCUUUACUCGAUUCUCUCUACUGUAUUGCUUGUGAGAAACUGUUUAAGAAUCCGAAAGCUUUCGCCAAUCAUGAAUCUUCAAAGAAGCACAAGGAAAAUGUUCAACUCAUCAAGGAAUCCAUGUUAGAAGAAGAAGAAGAAGAUGAGGAGGAAGAGGAGGUCAGCGGAGAAGGAGAUGAAGAAAUCAACAGUGAAGAAGAUGAAGAUAUUAAUGGUGAAGUAGGAGAAGAAGAAAUCAAUGGUAAAGAAGAAGAGGAAAACAUCAGCGGUAAAGAAGAAAAGGAAGACAUUGAAGAAAUCAUUGUGAAAGCAGAAGAAGAUACUGGAGAAAACGACGAAGAGGACCUUACCCCAUCCGAUCUCGAAGAAGAAAAAAUUUUAAAACGAUUGGAAGCAAUUCCCUCAGAUGAUGACGGUGAAGACUACAAUGACCCUGUUCUAACUGAUUACAUCGAUAAAAAACUAGCAUCUUUGAAACUGAGAAAGAAGGAAAACUCCUCAAUGCCAGAAGAAAUUUGUGAAACAAAGAAGAAACUAUCGAAAAAACAGAAGAAGAAACAGAAACAAAAUAGUAAAAUGAUGUCAUCGGAGAUGGAUGACAGUGGUGAUGACAAUGAUGAUGAUGAUGAGUUGAAGAUUGAUGAUUUAGGUUCCAGUAAGAAACAAAGGAAGAAGAAGCUGCAAAUGAAGGUGCUACUCGAAAGAAAGAACAAGAGAGAUGAGGUUGUUGAGGAUAAAAGUGAUAAGGCAGAUAAUUGCGAACCAGAAAUCCAAGGAUCUUCAAAUGAAGCAGAAGUAAAAUCUCGUCUUGCAGAGACUACAAAUGAUUCUGAUCCAGUGCAGAGCAGUUCCACCUUGCCCAAUUCGGAUGAAACUCAGGACGCGCGUGAAACAAAAUCUAAAAACUCUGUAAAAAAUGUGAAGAAAGAUAGGAACACUCCUGUAAAUAACAGUUCCAGUACAGUCACACUAUUCUGUCAAGUUUGUAAAGCAAAGUUCCCCUCAAAAAAUAAGCUGUUCCAACAUUUAGAAAAAACUAAACAUGCUGUCUAUAUUCCAGACAAGUCGAGUGAAACUUUAGAAGUGAAAAACGCAAAGUCGGGUAAAGCUGGCAGUAAGAAAAAAUCUAAGAAAUAAUUUUUUAAAUAGUUGAUAUUCGUUUUUGAAAACAGUCGAACUGUUUACUCCAAGCAGCUUGAACUCAUUUAUGAAUUUAUCACCUUAUUUGUAAUUUGAUUAAUUACAUUUCAAUGUUGUUAAGAUUUUAUUGAUGUAUUGAAUUGGCUGUGUAAAUAGAUAUUGUUUUGAAAUACAAUGAUCAAAAUUUU